AUGGGUCUACGAGCUGCUACUCGCGGCGCCCCUCCUCGCUCGCCCCUCCUCGCUCGCCCCCAGCCCGCCCGCGGGAGGGAGGAAAACACUGGCCACGUGACUCGGAAGCGUGACUUUGUUGAUCUCCACGUAUUUGGCGCCGGUCGGCGGGGUCGGGGCCCGGGAGAGGGAGGGGACCGCUGGCGGCCGCCGGUGCUGCCCUUGUCCUGUGUCCUCCAGGUGAAGAGUGAAGGACCCAAACUGGUGCCGUUCUUCAAGGCCACCUGCGUGUAUUUCGUGCUCUGGCUGCCCUCAUCUAGCCCGUCGUGGGUCAGCACCCUCAUCAAAUGCCUGCCCAUCUUCUGCCUCUGGCUCUUCCUUCUGGCCCAUGGCCUGGGAUUCCUGCUGGCCCACCCUAGUGCCACCCGCAUCUUUGUGGGGCUUGUCUUCUCUGCUGUAGGUGACGCCUUCCUCAUCUGGCAGGACCAAGGAUACUUCGUGCAUGGUCUGCUGAUGUUUGCUGUGACCCACAUGUUCUACGCCUCAGCCUUUGGCAUGCGGCCACUGGCUCUUCGGACAGGUCUGGUGAUGGCAGUGCUGUCUGGUCUGUGUUAUGCCCUCCUCUACCCGUGCCUCUCAGGUGCCUUCACCUACCUGGUGGGGGUCUAUGUGGCCCUUAUCGGCUUCAUGGGCUGGCGAGCUAUGGCAGGGCUGCGGCUGGCCGGGGCAGACUGGCGCUGGACAGAGUUGGCAGCUGGCAGUGGUGCACUCUUCUUUAUGAUCUCAGACCUGACCAUCGCCCUCAACAAAUUCUGUUUUCCUGUGCCCUACUCUCGGGCGCUCAUCAUGUCCACCUACUAUGCGGCUCAAAUGCUCGUCGCCCUGUCAGCUGUCGAAAGCCGGGAGCCUGUGGAACACUACAGACUGAGCAAGGCCAACUGAGGUGCCAGGGUCCGGUCACCCCUCUCUCCUCCUGGGGCUGGGGCCCAGAUCCUGGGAAGCUGCAGGAGCUGGAUCAGAAUGGCUGCAGUGCCAUCCUGGGGCAGCAGGUUCUGCCUGAGGAAUUUGCAAGUUUGAGUGGGGAGGCUGGAAAAGGAUCUCCCUAGUGGAACUCGUGGUCCAGGACAAUGCUGAGAGCUAAAAGAGCCAGCCUAAUCCCUGACUGGAGCCAGAAGUAGACAUCUCCCCACCUCUACCCCAUCAGGACUUUCAAAAGCCCUCCUGGAAGGUGAUGGUGCUCAGCUUCUUGACACACCCCCUUCCCCUACCAGGUGGAAGAGUCUGACUCCAUGUGUUAUGCCUAGGACCAAUGGCAGUGGUUCGUCCACUCCUCCCCUUUUUCAUCUGCACAGAGUUGAGGGAAAUGGGAGAAUCUGUGCUGAGAAGACUUAGACCCAGGAGCCCCUUUCACAGGCCCCUAGUUGGGAAGACUGGAUGAGAGUGGAGCCUCCCUUUUCCCUCUUCUAUCCUUGUUACUUGAACAAUCUCAAUUUCUAAGUGGUGGGUGGGGAUAUGAAGAGGUGUGGAUCCAGGCUAGGCAGGAGAGAGAACUUUUUUGGUCUCGGAGCUUGGGGUCUCAAGAAUUCAAGUGGCCCCAUCUCUCUCUCAGGCAAGCCCAAAGCUCAGGUCCCAUAUACCACCCUUAGAUCCUGUCCCCAGGGCUAGGGUGAACCAUGCCAAAGGAGGGGGCCAACUUCUCUGUGUGUGUGUGUGUGUGUGUGUGUAGCCUGUCUCCUAGUCUGCCUAUGUCUUUCUCUGCUAUAUGUUUCUGUCCUGCUGUCUGUCUGUCAAAAGUCUCACAGAGAGAGGGCCUCAGGGAGCUGCUGAGGGGUGCUGAGCCUGGCUCAGGGAGCUGGGACCUCUCCCCUCCAACACACAUACUCACAGGGCUUUCCUCCUUGCCCCUCCUACACUAGGAGCAAGAGGAGGGGGCUGCAAUGACACUCUGGGGUUUUAAGACCCAAGGCACAUUCAAUGCAAGGGGAGCAAGGAUGGGACAACUCCAUCUUCUGCUGCCCGUGUGAAAAAAAAUAAAAAUCAAGAGCCAUUGGCUGCUCUGCUUGUGGGCCUGUGUGGCACAUGCCUAUCUUGGAGAGGGCAUGGGGGCAUGGUGCCAGGGGCUCUGGCUGUCCUCACAGCCUAGUCACAGUCCUGGGCAGUGCAUCUUGGUGCCAGGCUGGCUCCCUGGCUCUGGUGACACUGUGCUGGUUGGAGUGUGUCUCACUUCCCUGGUGUAGGUGAGGAUGUGGUUUAGGAGGAUGGGGGAUGGGUGGUAUUUGUCACUGUCCAAAUUUGUCCUUGUUGUACUCCCCUGUGCACAGGUGCCCAGCACCCUUGGUGACCUUUAGUUAUCCAGUGUCACCUAUUGCUGCCCACCUCCUCCCCUCCCGACUCGAGACCUGCUGCUUCCUUCAAAAUGAUCCAGAUUCCCUUCAAGCAUCUCCCUCAUCUUGGACUCUGGGCUUAGUUGAACAGCUGGGAGCAAUGGGAUUAGAUUGACUGAUUCAUUCAUUAGAUGUAAAGCCCUGGCAGAAUAAUGUGUCACUCUGCUCCAGGAGCAUUUGCAACUUAACAGGCAAUGCCCUAACCCAGAAGUGGAAAGGGAAGCCUUCGGUGGUGGUGGAUAUGCCAUCAGUAGAGGUGUUGCACAUUUGUGGGAAUGUGAUUUAGGAGACUCAAGUGUCAUGGGUGGUUGGAUGAAUCAGUGAUUUCCAAAUUAGUUUUUGCAGAGAUUCCUGGUAAGGGGUUAGCGAAGGAAUAAUGAGAGAAGGCAGGCUCAAAGACCCCCUAUCCUUAUUUCAAGUCCAGUAGCUUCUUAGGUUGCGUUUUUUUGUUUUGUUUUGUUGUGGAAGGAGUCCACUGAAAAACGUAAGUUUGAAACUUAGUGAGCUGGAUGAUCGAUCCUUUCUAGCUCUGAACCCUGGAUACUAAAGAGGGAAGAUCUUGAUCCUUUCAAACUUCAGAACUCUGAACACAGACCUACCUAGUGUGAAGAAAUGGGAGAGAGCAGGAUGGGGAGAAGGAUGAAGUCAGCAGGACUUGCCUCCAAGCUCUGAGGGGAGGGAUAAGGUGCCAUGUGGAUGUGGAGGAGGGGAAGGGAAGUCUAGGCCCAGUCACAGGAAGGCUGGUCACUGCCUUGUGGGUGGGUUUGGACUAGGCUUUCAGGGGUCCAGGUCUGGGAUUCCCCAUCAUGCAAUCACAUCCAUCCCCUUGGUCCCUGCUGUAUACCACCCUCAGGAAUAGGAAAGGAUGAAUUUAGUUUAUUGCCCCAUCCCUUCACUGAAUGUUUACAUUGACAUUGACAAACACCAGAGAGCAAACUGGGCUUCCUACACCAGGCCAUGCAGAGGACCGGCCAAGAAGCUCCACAUCGUAACAGCCUCCUGAUGCCUGGACUGGGCUGGAGCUCACAUAAGGUGCUUUGAUUUCUUCUGCAGACUCUCGGUGAUGGAUGCUACAAUUGACUUAUCAUCUUUGUCUGAAAGAGCAAAGCAAGUAUUCAUUAUAUUAAUGAUGCUGGGGACCAGGGAAAUUCCAAACUGCUGGACUUCCUAUGCAGGAAACCAGGAGCUGGACCCUGGGACCCUUAAUCUUGGGUUGGCAGAGCGGAAGGGGCGAGAGCUGCCAUUUAUCUAGCAGUUAAUAUUUGCCAGACAUUGUGCCAGGCAAUUCUGUACUAUCUCAUUUAAACCUCACAGUCCUAUAAAGAAGAUGAGAAAACAGG